AAGCCGGCUGCGGGUGACGUACGUAAGACACGUCAGACAAAACCAAUCAAUACCUGAGUUGACCUGUAGCUUGUUUCUCUCCUAAAAAUCGAGCUCUAUUACUCUGAAAGCUACUAACAUGUCUCAACCAUCCAUAGUGUACGGAAGUGGGCUAAAUCUUUAAAAGAUGACUCCAAUGUAGCCGAUCAUAUUCGCUUCGGUGUACUUUUGAUUAACAACAAAAAAAGCCCUAUUUUUCACUGCGCCGCUGCCUUUAACGCCACUUAGUCUUUUGGACGCAUUCGAACGUCGCGUUGAAAGAAGAAACAUGAACGAAGACGCGUCUUGUGCUCCUAAUUCUCAAACGUCUCACGAUGGUGUCACUGCAGAUGUUGCACGAGCCAGGUGGACCCUCCUCAGACAGAAGCAGUGAUUGAUCCGUAUGUUGGAAAUUUUUGACCCGUGGUAUGUGCUUCCUGUGGCACGCUGGACGACUGGUUAGAGCGUCUGCCUCACAGUUCUGAGGACCGGGGUUCAGUCCCCGACCCUGCCUGUGUGGAGUUUGGAUGUUCUCCCCGUGCCUGCGUGGGUUUUCUCCGGGCACUCCGGUUUCCUCUCACAUCCCCAAAACAUGCAUGGUUUUGCGUCAGAAGCAGUUGGACAACCCAGAGCUCAAACCGGUGUCCGUCCGCAGGUUUGCCACUUUUGACCUCUUCACCAGGACGAGGCCCGCAUCCCUCAACCCCGAUAACACUUCAGAGGAACAGUGGGUGGAGUACAGAAGUGUCUUCUUUCCAGAGUACAGUGCCGUUCUCAGGGACAACCGGGGUCCUCUUCGAGUUAAUGAAGUGCUCAACAGCUUCGACAACACCGGCAAUGUCUGUGUGUGGCCAUCAGAGGAGGCCAUGGCUCAUUACUGCCUGCAGAACCGUCACAUGUUCACGGGCGCCGUUUGUGAGUUAGCAGGCGGGAUGACCUGCCUCGCUGGACUCAUGGUUGCCGUUUGUGCUGACGUGAAGGAAGUGUUGCUAUCAGACGGCAACGAGAAGUGCAUUCAGAAUGUACGAGGAAUUGUCGAGAGAAACAAGCAGGCGGGGAGGUUCGGGUCAACGCACGUCUCUACCAGAGUGCUGAGGUGGGACUGUGAACUGGACGUUUCAGCGUUAGAAGCCCAUUUCGACGUUGUCAUGUGUGCAGACUGUUUGUUUCUCGACCAGUACAGAAGCAGCCUGGUUGAUGCUAUAAGGAGAUUACUGCAACCCAACGGCGUGGCCUUUGUCUUCGCCCCACUUCGAGGUGACACCCUGCAGAUGUUCUGUCAGCUGGCCCAGCAGGCUGGACUCCUGGUGGCCCAGCACCGGCAGUACGAUGCUCAGGUGUGGGAUGUGCAUCUGAAGAAAAGGAGAGCUACAGUCACCAAUGCACGUCUCAGCCACAAUAAAAUAAACACAGCUUGCACAGAAGCUGCUGUCAGCAACACCUCUCGCCUGGACACUCACACUCAGACUCCCCAAGAUCACACGCCACCACGUCAGGCUCCGCCUCUUAAAGGAAUAAACGGCAUUGAUCGGGAUUACGUCAAUGGAGCCCAUGGUUUAGCAGUGAGACGCGCGCGCACACGCAUAGGGGUCAGGUGCUGCAUGCAAAUAUGAGGACAACUUGGAGUGUCCCCCUCACAUCUGAAGAUGCUGCGAGAAGGCAGAGAAGCGUACGACGAGAACAUCCACUACCCGCUGCUCCUCACGCUGACCAAAGGAGCGCAAGCUCAGUAAAGCGACCAAGUACGGACUCGGCUUUACCCGUCGGCGGUGGUGUGAGCCUUAGCAUAUUAUCAACACUGUGAUCCGCUCGUGAUCCGAGUGAGGAUCGAUAUCGUCACACGUCCUUCUUUUGGAGACAACAUAUCUGUGAAGGAUACUAUGUGGCACUAAAGCUCUACUGUAUAGUGCUCAGCAAAUUUGUACUUUUUGACCCUUUUCAACGUUCUGGUCAUCAUCACCUCCCAACGGGUCAUAAGCCAGUUCAUGAAUCAGUCACAUUAGUACCGGGCUACUGAACACAGUCGUUCCAUGGUGUAGAAGCCCAUAGCAUAAUAACCGGCCAUAACAUAAUACAUUUGCCCCUUUUUUUAAACUAUAAUAGGUCCACAAUGUAAAAACUCGCUAGUAUUGUAAUAAAAGUCCUGACUGAACCUAUAACGUAAACAUUUUACUAUUGCCAUUAUCAUUACAUUACGUAACUGGCCUCAAUAAGAUACAAUUAAAAACUAAAGUGAUAUUAUUAUGGGCUCAGUUAUUACAUUGGCAAAUAUUUGUUGUCAUGGCCAAUAAUGUAAUAAGUUAUCACGUUAUUGGCCAAAAGUUAUUACAUUACAGGUUCAGGACUUUGAUUACCUGAUUGGCCAGUUAUUAAAUUAUGGGCCUAUUACAUUUUAAAAAGGGCAAAUGUAUUACGUUAUGGGCCGUUAUUACAUUAUGGGCCGUUAUUACAUUAUGGGCUGCUAUUACAUUAUGGGCUUCUCCUACACAUGGGACAAGGCAUAAGUCACAACAACAACAACACACUCAUUGCCACAGCGCUGUUUUUGUUAGCUGUCAGUGUGCCUUAUUUCGUCUUUAAAAAAAUAUAGUUUGUAUUUUUCCCAAAUAUUUACAAAACACAUUUGUAGUAAACCAAAGCCACAGAUGGCCCUGUGACUCUUAAAAGAAAAGGGGAAUCAUAUCUUCACUGUCGGGUGGAAACAUCUUAUGUCCAAAUUUGGUCAAUUUCAUGUUUUUUCCCAUCUCGAUACUAUUAGUCAGCCUCCACGUGGGUCUGUUAUUUUUCCAAACUAUUAACCAAUCCAAAGUAUUGGAAAUGGCUUGCUCUCUUUCAUGCUGCAAUGUUAGAGGCUCAACAAACAUGAAAACUGAAAAGUAAUGGUUUUGGAGAUGUGAGGAGUCUGCUUUUUAUAAUGUACUUAUAUCAAAUUAGAUUAUAAAAUUGGCGAAAAUAAUACUUUUUCUCAAGUGUUGAUUUUCAGUAACCUAAAAUGCAGUUAACAUGUGAAUGUAGAAAACUAGAUGUGCUUUUAAAAAAUAUCUUUGUUUGUAUGUGGACUUGACACUUGCUUCUAGCCAUGCUUAUGUUUACCCAUUGCAAAAAGUAGUUGACAUAAAUGCAUAUUAGUUAUUGAAUGUAUUCACCUGCAUGCAGUAAAACUAUUUUGCCUUCUAUAACUUUGAGUGAGACUUAUGAAUAACUCCUUCCUAUUCAAAAUGACUUGUUUUUGGGCUCCAUAAUUCACUGUGAUCCACAGCUGACCGGAGUCCAUGAAGGCCACAACAUUAGGUACGCAUGCAGAAUCACACAACAAGAGCUGUGUGAAUUUUUAUUUCUAAUUCACAGUGCAGAAAAUGCACAAACAUAUAUUGUUUACGAUUCAGUUGCUGGUUUGAUCCAUAACAUGAAAAUAGGCAAAAAUGUUGGGAAAUGUUUUCCAAAUGUCUUAUUUAAGGAAACUCUAAGAUUGCAGUCUGCUUUACUAUUAUAAUACAUAGAAUUAUUAAUGUUUACUGUUGUAAGGCUGUAAUUCCGAAUUGGACAAUUUCAAGUCAAGCAAAGUCUCAAAACGAUUAUCAAAAAUCAUUAUCGCUUAAUUUGAUAAUCGAUGAGUUGUCAAUUAAUCAUUGCACCUCUCGUUUUUGAUUAACAUUUUUGUUUGGAAACAAUAGAAAAGUAACCAAACUAUUUUUGACCCCACAACUCAGAAUUCUAUGUCAACUGACAAACAGAUACAAAAACACAAACCAAAAAUGAGUUUUUGUUGUUGUUACCUUUGUUUGGCCUUGGCGGAGGUCUGCGCUCUGCCACAUAGCAUGACCUUGUGGUUCUAUACUGUAUACUAUCUGGUGAUUAUAUAGCAUUGCUAAAAUAGCACGUCUCACGGUGGCCGAAGACGUUUGCACAAUAUUGAUGCAACCGCGGUCACAACGAAUCAUUUGGCCUCGCUCCCCCCUCGCUAAUCCAGAUGAAUUCCAACACAAUGACCAUAUUGCUAGUAUUUGUUCCCCUUUUCACACGUCGCAAACGCCGCUCGGGGUCGAGUCCAAGCUGCUUUCCCAGCCUUGCACUGUGGAGGUUAACAUCAUGUCGCAAUCCUCCAACGUGAUGACGUCAAGCAAUUUCUGGAUUAUUCUGGCAUUAUUUGUUUUUGUUUGUGUGUGUGUGUGUCAUUUAUGGGUUAUGUAUGCAACCGUUACACUUGAAACACUGUAACCUUUAAAGUCGAACGCCGAUGAGGUCGUACAAAAAUUGUAACUUUAAUGACAUCACGCGCGAACUCGCCGUAGCUCACGAGAGCAUCACAGGAUUAACUGCGCACGGUUUGCUUUUUCUUUGGCUUUAACAGCACUUGGGUGUUAAAACUCCAGACUUCGCCUUCACUGUCAACGUUAAGACCUAUUCAAUUUUUACAUUAGCUUUUUACACUUGUAUGUGGGCUACAUGCAUUCAAAUGUUAUUUGAUACAGAACAGAUUAUUUCCAUUUCCAUUAUUUCCUCUGGGGAUUUGUUUUUCGCCCAAAUCCUUAGUCUUUCCUAAAGUUGAAGUAGAUGGUUCUAUUUUUUUUUUAAAACGUGUUUAAUAGUUGCUGAUUUCUUUUUACACUUGUGACUAUUAACAAAAAAAAUUGAAGCAUCAGCAUUGUAUUUCACCUUCAUCAUUGACAUGAUUAUUUCAUAUUACCAGCGGCUAAUGUUAAAACGUUUUCUUCAGAGAUUUCUGAACUAAUUACUUCCGUUUCCAAGAUUUCCAAUGGCGCUAUGUUUUCACACCUGAAAUUUUCACUUAUUGUAUAAAGUUAAGGGAGACUCUUUUAUUGUGUUUACCUUUUGCUUCUUUUUACGCUCGUGUGACUAUUAAGAAAGUUUAAAAAUUCAACUUGUCAGGCAAAUCUAUGCCAUUGACUCUUUUAGUUUCUGUUUUGUAGUGGUUUACUUCUUUUCACAUUUAUGUGACUAUUAAAAAAUGAGCCGUGUCUGGCCUUCAUUGUUGACAAAAUUAUAUUAACGGGGGUAACUUAUUUUGACAUUCAUAUGAUGGUUACGAAAGGUUUUCUGAUGAUGACAGUUUGACCCUGAAACGUUAUUUACCAUUUCUCUGAUUUCCUUUGAGGAUAAAUUGUUCUAAUGUCCGAAAUCCUGCGUCUGACUGUAGACGUUUCACUGUAUUUUCGAUAUCCGCUUUAGUGUGGUGGCCUUCUAUACAAGUUUUGGGUGUUAUUUACCUUGAGUUCACUGUUGUUAAUCAGCGCAAUAUCAUUUUAGCCAAUCCAUCCAUCCAUCCAUUUUCUGAGCCGCUUCUCCUCACUAGGGUCGCGGGCAUGCUGGAGCCUAUCCCAGCUGUCAUCGGGCAGGAGGCGGGGUACACCCUGAACUGGUUGCCAGCCAAUCGCAGGGCACAUCGAAACAAACAACCAUUCGCACUCACAGUCAUGCCUACGGGCAAUUUAGAGUCUCCAAUUAAUGCAUGUUUUUGGGAUGUGGGAGGAAACCGGAGUGCCCGGAGAAAACCCACGCAGGCACGGGGAGAACAUGCAAACUCCACACAGGCGGGGACGGGGAUUGAACCCCGCACCUCAGAACUGUGAGGCUGACGCUCUAACCAGUCGGCCACCGUGCCGCCCAUUUUAGCCAAUUAACACAAAUAAAUAACACAUUUUGAGACAAUGGGACUUUUUUUUUCCUCUCGAUUUACACAUUUACGCCCCACCGUUCGUCAUUGCGGAACGACGUUCCUCUGGCAAAGGCGGCGUGUCGACACCUCGUGUGUGUUCUUUUUGUCGAGAGUUAAGGCAUUAAAUGCUUACAGAUGUAAUGAAGUUUCCUCGGGCUCCCCGAUUGGCUGCGGCCUGAGUUUCAAACACAAUGGCCUCCUGCAGGCUAAGCUGGUGCCAGACAAGCUAACACGCUCACACACACACACACACAUAUCAAGCCCAGUCAACCGUCUUCCCCUCCUCGGGAAUAAAAGAGAGAGGGAUAAAGAAGGGAGGGAGUGCAGCUAAUCCUGCAGCCUCACUCUUCUGUUUAUCAGUGAGGAGGAGGAAGGAGGGAAGGUUGUCAGAGAGGGAGGGACUACACUGAGGCCUCCUGAUCUGUCUUUUGAUAUUUUAAAGAGCUCCGCGUUCUCCUCCCCUGCACUCGUCUCUGGACAGGACUGAAUGAACAAGGGAGCAAAGAGAGAGAAGACCGAGGGAGGAAAGUGCAAAAAAUGGCGAGACUAGAUCGAAGCAGCGUUCUUUAGACAAAUAAAUAAAUAAGCGUGAAAGCAGGUGAUUGAGUGGCCGAGCGAGUGAUCGAACGCAGGGUGGACAAAAAGAGAGACAGAGUGCUCCCCGACUCGACACAAGGGCCCCAUUAACUUGACCACUUGCCCUUUGCGCACAAAGGCAGGGCCGGCCCACCGCCACUCCCACCCAAUUAUCCACGAUUAGGCUCAGUGCACUGUGUCAAGAUGGAGGAGGA